CAGUGUGUGUGUGUGUAUGUGUGUGUGUGCGUGUGAGAGGAGAACACAGCUGGCGCAUGCGCACUAGGCACACAGUGUCUCGCUGUAAUCCCGAGCCCGCAUGCGCCAGCGCGUCGUGACGUCACGGAGAGUCCCGCAGCGCGGUGCUGAUGGAGCGGUGAAGCUGUCAAGCUCUUGUCAUGUUCACAGGAACCCCGUGAGCUCCUUCAGCCGCCGUCCUGAGAACAACAUGAAGAACAUGAAGCAGAGGUAGACCCUGAGGUGUGGAAGUCGAUGAUGUCAUCAGGCAGUGACACAGCAGUAUCUUCAGGUGAAGAAGGAACUUCAGUCAUGGAGACGUCCAACUUCGCUCAUGUGAUCUUCCAGAAUGUGGGGAAGAGCUUCCUGCCUCAGGCUGCGCUGGAGUGUCACUACACACUCACACCCUUCAUCACUCCUCACCCCAAAGACUGGGUGGGAAUCUUUAAGGUGGGUUGGAGCAGCGCUCGAGAUUACUACACCUUCCUGUGGUCUCCCAUGCCUGAGGACUAUACUGAGGGUUCCACUGUCCACAGGGUUCUUGUCUUCCAAGGUUAUUAUGUUCCCCGAAGUGACGGUGAGUUUUAUCAGUUCUGUUAUGUCACACAUCUGGGCGAGAUCAGAGGAGCCAGCACACCUUUCCAGUUUCAACAAGCCACGCCCACAGGGGAGGAGUUACUGACUGUCGAGGAUGAUAGCAAUUCAGACAUACUAGUGGUUACUACCAAAACUGGACUCCUAGAGCGGCGUGUGGAGGAAGUUCAGCAGGAAUGCCGGGAGCUGCAGAAAGCUGUUUGUCUGCUUACACAAGAGAGAGACCAACUUAAAGAAGAGCAGAGACAACACAAUCAGGAGAGGCAGCGAGGACUGAGAGAGGAGAGAGACAAAGCUCAAGCUGGAGUCAGGCAGCUGGAACAGGACCUGCUCGGAGUCGCACAGAAAGCUGUGCUUAAAGAGAGCGAGCUGGAUUGCCUGAGGAGCAGGUUACAGAAGGUGACCAUGGAGAGAGAUAAUCUGGAAGUUCAGCUGAAGAAUGAGAGCGAUGAGAGAGAACUGUAUAAAUCUCACGUGCGCAGUGCUGAGCUGGAGAACACUAAGCUGAGUGCAGAGCUGCAGAUGUUGAAGGCAGUGGAGCUGAAUCGAGAGGUCACCAUCUCACAGUACCAAGAGGAGAUACACAGACUCCAGGCUGAAAGAACCGCACACGUUGCAGAUGCCAACGUAAUAGAGCAGUUGCGUCAGGUGAAGGAGCAGCUGGAGGCUACGUACCAGCGAGCAGCCAUGUUGGAUUCUGAGCUUCGUGAUGCAACUAGGGACCACGAACGUACGAAGGUGGAGCUUCUUCGUGUCCGUCAGGAGGUUGAGAACACCAGAUCCAGCUUGGCUGACGCCCAGGAGGAGUGCAGAAUCACUCAGAUCCAGCUGAAUGAACUGAUGAGCCAAACGUUACGGAAAACGGAAACGGCUGGUUCGGUCUCAGAGCUGGAGGCAGAGCUGCAGAAGGAGGUGGAGGAGCUGAAGUUGAGACUGCAGAUGGCAGCUGAGCAUUACAAGGAGAAGUACAGAGAGUGCCAGCGUCUGCGCAGACAAGUCACCAAGCUUACACACAAGCAGGAAUCACAGCAGGAGGACUGCAGCAAGAACGAGGCGUCUACAGACGCCAGGCCGGAGACAGAGGCUGAUGCGGAGACGGAGGCGGAGUCUCCUGUUGCUGAAACGCUGCCUGAGAUUCAGGAGUGUGCUGAAACUCAGGAACGGGAAGAUGGAGAGGGGGAGAAAACCGAGACAGGAAAGGAAGAACAACAGGAUGAAGGGGAUGAGUCAAGUGUGUCAGUGGAGGCUGAGCUUGCUCGGAUGGAAGAGAGAUGGAGAGAGCAGUGUGUCAUCAACGAUAACCUAAAGCUACUGCUGGCUGAAGAAGAUCAGCGCUUUAAGGCCCAGUUAGCUGAAAAGGAUGGAGAGGUGUUUUUGCUGAGAGAGAAUCUGGCUGAGGUGAUGAGGGAGAAGGUAAAGCUGGAAGAGGAUCUGCGUUUGCGUGCCAGCAGAGAGGACGCGGUGUGUGGGCAGAGGUCAGAGGUCAGGGAACCGGUGGUGUUGCGUUACCCCCUUCCCUACCCCACUGAGUCUCCUCCUCUUGCCCUGGUGCCCCAGCAACCGGCCGAGCUGCAGUACGGGAACCCUUACAGCGAGCCGGAGCAGCGUGACGGAGCAGACGGAGCGCUGUCUCCGCCGCAGAGUUGCCGCCCCCCUCCGGUAACUCCGCCCCCAUGGGUGGGUCCUGUGGUGUGUAGUCAGCCGCUGCGCAGUCUGAGUCCUCCUGACGGUCUGGAGAACCCUGCGGAGGAACGGCCCAGCGGAGGUGAUGGUGAAGCUCCUGCAGUGUGCGAGCAUCAAAGUCCAGAAUCCAAUGAAAGUGGCUCCAGCUUUUGCUUUGACACAAGGAGCGAUGUCCAUAAGCGGUGUCCCCUGUGUGAGGUGAUUUUCCCUCCACACUUUGAGCAGCGUAGUUUCGAGCGUCACGUGGAGUCUCACUGGAGAGAAUGUCCUGUGUGUAGUGAGCAGUUUCCUCUUGACUGUCAGCAGAACCUGUUCGAGAAACACGUCCUCACACACUUCGACGGCAAUGUGCUCAACUUUCACAACUUCGACUAGAGCCCGGGACGGCGUCCUCGCAUCCUCACACCCUCACUCUGUCCUCACACCCUCACUCCGUCCUUACACCCUCACCUUGUCAUCGCAUCCUCACUCCAUCCUCACACCCUAACCCUGUCCUCUCACCCUCACCUUGUCAUCGCAUCCUCACUCCAUCCUCGCACCUCACUCCAUCCUCACACCCUAACCCUGUCCUCUCACCUCACCUUGUCAUCGCAUCCUCACUCCGUCCUCACACCCUCACUCCAUCCUCACACCCUCACUUCGUCCUCACACCCUCACUCCAUCCUCACACCCUCACUUGUCCUCACACCUCGCUCCUUCCUCACACCUCGCUCCUUCCUCGCACCUCACUCCGUCCUCACAUGCCCACGCCAUCCUCACACCCUUACUCCAUCCUCACACCCUAACCCUGUCCUCUCCCUCACCUUGUCAUCGCAUCCUCACUCCGUCCUCACACCCUAACCCUGUCCCUUUCACCCUCACUCCAUCCUCGCACCCUUACUCCGUCCCCACACCUCACCCUGUCCUCACACCUCACUCUGUCCUCACACCCCACCCUGUCCUCACACCCUUACUCCAUCCUCACACCCUAACCCUGUCCUCUCUCCUCACCUUGUCAUCGCAUCCUCACUCCGUCCUCACACCCUAACCCUGUCCCUUUCACCCUCACUCCAUCCUCGCACCCUUACUCCGUCCCCACACCUCACCCUGUCCUCACACCCCACCCUGUCCUCACACCCUUACUCCAUCCUCACACCCUUACCCUGUCCUCAAACCCUCACUCUGUCCUCAAACCCUCACUCUGUCCUCAAACCCUCACCCUGUCCUAACACCCUCACCCUGUCCUCGCACCCUUACUCCAUCCUAACACCCUCACUCUGUCCCCACACCCUCACUCUGUCCCCACACCCUCACCCUGUCUUUACACACUUACUCCAUCCUCACACUCUCACUCUGUCCUCACACCCUUACGCUGUCCUCAAACCCUCACUCUGUCCUCACACCCUCACUCUGUCCUUACACUGUCUUCACAUCCUCACACCCUGAUGGUGAUGAUGAUGAUGUUACUUACCCGUGAGCUAAUGCUCGCAUUUUUUCUUCCAUCACUAACAUUUCCCAAUCAGAAGUUAAACACACACACACACACACACGUCAGGCCACUGUAUGUAUAGUAAAUGUGCGGAAGCUGCUGUAAGGACGGCUUUCACUGUACAGUUCCAGCUUUACAUGUACAUUAUAAAUAUAAAUAUAGGAUUUAUGAUGAGGUGUGUGUUGGUGUGUAACAUCAGCAGGAGUGGUGUUUGUUCUCUAUUUACAGCUUUAUUGAUUGUAUAUGAUGAUGAUGAUGAUGAAGGUGAUGUAUUACACUCUGCCCUGUGAUAUACAACAUAGGGCCUAAAGUUUAUUGACCUCUGACCAUAAGAUUGGUAUGUGUUUUUUUUUUUUUAACAUCUCGUUCCACAUUCAAUCUCCAUAUGCUGUUAUAAUGAGCUCCACUCUUCUGGGAAGAUGUUUCUCUAGAUUUUGUGGAGAUUCAUUCAAGCUACAAGGGUGUCAGUAAAGUGAGGUACCGACGUAGGUGAUCUGAGGAGGCCUGGAGUGCAGUCAGCGUUCACAUUCAUCCCAAAGGUGUUCAAGAGCUCUAUAGCAGGUGAUCUUCUACACACUUCCUGUCAUGCUGGAACAGGUUUGGGCCUCCUAGUUCAAGUGAAGGGGAACAAUAAAAAAAAUAAGAAACGUAUCCUAUACAUGUGUGUGUGUCUCCAGGUUUGUACUGGGAAAACCCACAUUUGGGUGAGAUCGGGUGUCCUAAUACUUUUGGCCUGAAAUGCGUCGUUGCACUCGUGAUGUUUGGGGCGUGUCUGUGAUCUUGCACACGGGAUGAGGAACAAAAUGCUUAGGGAAGACCUAUGUGAUGUAAUAACAGUCACAGCAGCCAUUUUGUUUCUGUUACAUGUGAUGCAUAUUAAAGUCAUAAUCAGGGUUAAACAUG